ACACUGUUCAACCUUCCUUCCUUCUUGGCUUUGCUGACUAAACUCACGUGCAGCGAUCUUUACUUUACUUGGAGGUCGGAGCUAAUAAAUUAAUAACUCCGCCUCUAGCCUCUAGCCUCUAGCCCUCUACUGCGUCUGUGUCUGUAUUCCUUAUCUCGCCCAAAAUUUAACCGUUGGAGGUGGACACGCGUCUCUUCGCCAAACCACCUGUCCUCGUCAUCUUCCUUUGGAUCCUCCCCGGCCUUAGUAUUCCCCUUGUUUUCUUGGUCGAUUAAAAUCAAUAUCCAAAAUAUAAAUUACACAUCAUCUCCCCCCUCCCUCUCUCUCUCUCUCUCUCUAAUGAUCGAUUCUCCUACUGUGCAAAAGAACCGUGGAAUUUCAAGACAAGAAAACCCUUGUGUUACGUAAUGGAUCAUUGGGACGAAUAACAAUGUUGGUGUUGUUUUUGAAGGACUUCUUUUCCGGCGUCGUCUGCCUCUACUUGCUUCUUUUUCUGGGUUUUUCCGGCGAUGGAGUUGACGGCCAAACAACGGCAUUCGACUUUGGAACGUUAACUCUGAGUAGUCUAAAACUUCUAGGAGAUGCCCAUUUGAACAAUGGAAGCGUACGUCUAACUCGCGAUCUGCCCGUCCCCAAUUCCGGCGCAGGGAGGGUCCUCUACGCUAAGCCCGUCAGGUUCCGUCAGCCGGGGACUCAUUCUCUGGCUUCUUUCUCGACUUUCUUCUCAUUCUCGGUUAAUAAUCUCAACCCAUCUUCCAUCGGUGGGGGACUUGCCUUUCUAAUCUCACCGGACGAUGAGACGGUCGGCGACGCUGGUGGGUUUCUUGGCCUAGUUGGAAGGAGUGGGUUCGUUGCCGUUGAAUUUGACACGCUGAUGGACGUGGAAUUCAAGGACAUUAACGGGAACCAUGUUGGCGUGGAUCUAAACAGCUUGGUUUCUUUUCAGGUGGGCGAUUUGGGUGCAGUCAAUGUGGAACUGAAGAGCGGAGAUCUCGUGAAUGCUUGGAUUGAUUAUGAUGGGUCCACUCACUUGUUUAAUGUCUCUGUUUCUUACUCAAAUCUCCGUCCAACCGAUCCCCUUUUGUCAUUCACUCUCGAUUUGUAUCGGUUCGUGAACGAUUUCAUGUUCGUGGGUUUCUCUGGUUCGACUCAGGGGAGUACUGAGAUUCACAGCAUCGAAUGGUGGAGCUUUAGUUCCUCGUUCGAUGGAGCUUCGCCUACUGGCUCAUCUCCUCCACCUCCAACGCUUACUUCCAUAACCCCGAUGGCUAGUUCUAUGAUCCCAACGGCUAACACGUCCAACCCAUCAACUCCUUCUUCAGCUCCUACUGGUUCUGCUACCGACGCCCAGAACCCAGAAAAGAUGAGCAAGUCAUCCUGUCAUAACCAGCUGUGUAAGCAAAGACCCGGCGCGGUUGCAGGGGUGGUAACAGCUGGAGCAUUUUUUCUCGCAGUUUUUGCUGGUGCUCUCAUCUGGUUAUUCUCCAAAAAGUUCAAAUCGAUCAAAAAAACCGAGUCUCUUGCGCCAGAUAUCAUUAAGACCCCAAAAGAGUUUAGUUACAGAGAGCUGAAGUUGGCCACAAAGGGCUUCAAUUCGUCCAGAAUCAUAGGCCAUGGCGCAUUCGGGACCGUGUACAAGGGCAUAAUCCCGGACACCGGUGAGCUGGUGGCUGUGAAGAGAUGUAGUCAAGGAGGAGGUCAGGGCAAGACUGAAUUUCUAUCGGAGCUUUCCAUAAUAGGGACUCUACGGCACCGGAACCUCGUCCGGCUCCAAGGAUGGUGCCAAGAGAAGGGAGAAAUCCUACUAAUCUACGAUUUCAUGCCCAAUGGAAGUCUCGAUAAGGCUUUGUUCGAAGCGAUGUCCCCCCUUCCAUGGCACCAUAGGCGUAAAAUCUUAACUGGCGUCGCCUCUGCUCUGGCCUAUUUGCAUCAAGAAUGUGAAAACCAGGUAAUUCACAGGGAUGUGAAGACUAGCAACAUAAUGCUGGACCAAGGGUUCAAUGCCAGGCUGGGGGAUUUUGGUUUAGCAAGGCAGGUGGAGCACGACAAGUCCCCCGAUGCGACAGUCACGGCGGGAACAAUGGGGUACUUGGCUCCCGAGUAUCUCCUCACGGGGAGAGCUACGGAGAAGACUGACGUUUUCAGCUUUGGGGCUGUUGUUCUGGAGGUGGCGAGUGGGAGGCGACCCAUAGAGAAAGAGACCACCGGGGUCGGAAAAGUUGUUGGGGUGAGUAGUAAUUUGGUGGAGUGGGUGUGGAGUUUGCACAGAGAAGGGAGGUUACUAGGAGCAGCGGACGUGAGGCUUGGUGGUGAGUUUGAUGAGGGAGAGAUGGUGAGGGUGCUGUUGGUCGGGCUUGCUUGUUCACAUCCUGACCCAUUGGUUAGGCCAACAAUGAGAGCUGUGGUUCAGAUGCUUGUGGGCGAGGCUGAAGUGCCCAUUGUCCCAAGAACAAAGCCUUCCAUGAGUUUCAGCACAUCCCAGCUACUGAUGAGCUUACAGGAUAGUGUAUCUGAUUGCAAUGGGAUGAUAACCCUAUCCACCUCCUCCUGCUCCUCGAAUCGAAGCUUCAAUGGUGGUGGAAUAGUGUGAUUUUUUAUUCCAUCAUCAUUUAAUUUGUUGAUCAUCAAUGUUUUAGUUUUUUCUUUUUUCUUUUUACCCUCUACUAAUGUAAAUUCAUUUGAUUUGUAUGUAAACCAAAUAAAAUGGAGAGCUGAGAUAUUUAGGUGACGUACGGAUGAUAAUGCUGAGGCAAUAUUAAGUCCUC